UAUGAAGAAGAGUAACUCAUCAAAAAUAUGCCAACUGUGUAAUUAGUUAAGACUUUAGUUGUAAAAAUAUUGUUAAACUCCAUCAGUCAAACAUUAGGAAGAAGUAGUUCACCAGCUCGCAACGAUUUCUACAACAACUUCUUCAGUAUUUAAGCAACUGUAGCAACUGGACUCGUUGUGUUCAGUGUUUCACUAGACGUGUAAGGACUCGCACUUCCGAUACACCCUCACUAUCAUUUGCCUUAGAGGGUCGCGCUAAUGGGCAAGUUAGCCGUCCUUGGGGCUUAUGCGUUAAUAAAAUGGGUCCCAGAUUCACCUCCGAUAGACGUAAUAAUCGUGUGCAAGUUUUUAAUUCGGAUGGUACACUGAAGUUUAAAUUCGGCCGUAAAGGCUCUGGACGCAUUAUUAUUACAGAUUCUAAAAACCAACGAGUGACUAUCUACAAUUCCAACUUUAAAUAGAUUUGGAAAUUCAUCACCUUGCACCGAUUUCUCCAAAAACUUCUGGCAUCCUUUGCAUGGCAGUUCAAAUGACUUAGGUGGUGAUGGUAUUGGAAUGGCCAGACGGAAUUUUAUGCAUGGUACUGCAACAUCAUCGUCUAGCAGCUCGAGCAUCAGUUGCAGUAUAUGUGAAGUAAAUGCGACCAAUCGUUGUAUUGAGUGUAAUGAGUUCAUGUGCAGUAAUUGCUGGCGUAACCAUCUCAAUGAUCCCCAAUUCGCAAAUCACUCGACUUUUCAUUUGCCCUCACCAAUUGGUACAAUGCCCACCGGUGGUUUUUCUGCUGGUGCAAUGAACAAUUCAAAACCCCAUCACUUUUGCGAUUUACACAAUGAGAUAUUGCAGUACGUUUGCCAACCUUGCAAGAUGUUGGUAUGCCAAUGUUGCACUCUUUAUGAGCACAACGAACAUACGUACUCUUCGGUACAAAGUUUCUACGACGAAUUGAAGGAUGUAAUUAAGAAUGAUCUUGAAAGUAGUAAUACGGGCAAGAUAUCUAUUAAGAGUAGUAUUGACAGAUCAUUGACAUUUAUACGGCUCGUCGAGCGUAAUUGUGCUGAACUGAGCGAAGAUAUACGCAAAACCUGCAGACAAUUUACAAGGGCUAUAGAGGAUAUCGAACGCUAUUUAUUGGAAUCCGUUGAGCAAUUGCGCCAACGCCGUUUGGCUAACUUAAAUGAUCAAGUGGCCGGAUUAAAAUCGGCUCUCGCUGGACUCUCUGAAACCAUGGAAAUUUUGAGAAAGACCUCAGUGAAUAUGUCAUGUAUGAAUAACUUUGAUAUAGCAAAGAAGGUUUUGAAUGCACAACGACAACUUGAGCAAUUCGCUGCUAUAUACAAAGAUUUAUAUCCAAAAUAUGAGGAAUUCGUAUUCGUUCCACCAAACGAUAAAAUAUUGCAGGAUGUACUCAAACAAGGCGCAAUUGUAGGAGUAAAUGAUAAUAAUACGAAUGUGGUAAAUGAUGCAGCGGUUAACGGUGGAUCAGUCAGCGAUUGUGGUGAAUCAGUCAGCGAUUGUGGUGGAUCAGUCUGCGAUUGCGGUCCAUCAGUCAGUGAUUGCGGUGGAUCAGUCAGCGAAUGCGGUGUCCCAGUUGCCGGUGUAUUUGGUCGAUUCAAUUAUGAGAAUAAUUUCCACGGUAUCCCUUCUCUAAUGUUACCGUUACAUGGUUACAGCGCUAGUGCCAUUGAGAGGGAGUUUGGCGUAUUGUGUAACUGUGCAUCGCGCAGCACACAUUCUAUAACAAAUUUCAGUGGACCUGUAAGGGCUCUCUGUUCCAAUACACUCUCACUAUCAUUUGCCACAGAGGGUCACGGUGAUGGGCAAGUUAGCCGCCCUUGGGGCUUGUGUGUUGAUAAGCUGGGUCACAUAUUGAUCUCCGACAGACGUAAUAAUCGUGUGCAAGUUUUUAAUCCGGAUGGUACACUGAAGCUUAUAUUCGGCUCCAAAGGCUCUGGAAAUGGAGAGUUUGAUUUACCGGCAGGCAUUUGUGUCGACAUAGAUAAUCGCAUAAUCGUUGUCGAUAAGGAUAAUCAUCGCGUACAAAUUUUCACUUGCACUGGUAUCUAUUUAUCGAAGUUCGGUAGCUUUGGCAAAGAGCGUGGACAGUUCCAAUAUCCAUGGGAUGUGGCUGUAAAUUCGCGACGCCAAAUUGUUGUAACCGAUUCACGUAAUCAUCGCAUACAGCAGUUCGAUUCGGAAGGUCGUUUUAUACGUCAAAUCGUUUUCGAAAUUAAUUUUCAAACAAAGGAUCCUGCUUCACCGCGCGGAGUUUGUUAUACACCAACUGGUAACAUUAUAGUAUCAGACUUCGAUAAUCAUUGUAUAUAUCUAAUAAAUCCAGAAAGCAGUACGAUCGUAUCAUCUGAAGGACAAGAAAGUGAUGGAGUUCAAGAAUUGAACGGUCCUUCCGGAAUUUGUUGCGACGCCGAUGGACGCAUUAUUAUUGCAGAUUCUAAAAAUCAACGUAUCGUUGUUUACAAUUCCAACUUAGAACAUCUAUGGAACAUUGAAAUACGUCCGUCGAGAAAUCCCUCGAUGCCGCAUAAUCUCGACGAAAAAUAUCGAACUUGCGACGUUUCUCUUAUGCCUGAUGGUCGAAUUGCUUUCCUGAUCGAAUUAUCACCUGAUACCAAAGAGGAAUGCAAUCCUUCUAAAAGAUUUGUACACGUUUUUUAAUUUUAGUCAAUAAUAUCGCGUACCACUUCAAACGAAACAUUGAGGAACAACAAACUUUUUAAAAAAAUUGAUAUGAAAAAAUUCACACAAUCCCAGUAGUGAUAACAUCACCCGUUCCCCACAAAUUUGAGGAGGAUAUAUAGAUAUACAUAUAUAUCGCUCAUUUCCCCUAAUAGGGUCAUAAUAAAAAAAGAAUUUUAGAUAGAAUGCAGGGCCUGUGGUCAUUCAUGGGUUCAUUACAUGAAAAUAUGUCUUGAGUACUUCUUAGAAAGACAUAGUAAAUCGAACAUUUUUAAAUUAAGCGAUAUAUAAUUAUAGAUAAAUAGUAAUUGAAUAAUAGGAAAGUAGUAGAACAAAGAAAAAUGUAUUUGACACAGGAGUCACAUCACUAAAUGACCUUGCAAUGUUAAAUGCAACAGCGGCUGAAUUUUCAAGUAUAAUUUUUUUUUGUUUGAUAGAGAACCGUGUAAGAAUUGUGUUACAAUUAACUUUAGACGCUACUUAUUCCAUUUACACCCCAUUUUUUUUAUUGCUAAUAUAUAAACACAUGUACCUCAAUUCAAAUUUUGUUAUUUGUUAUUCAAAAUUGUUCUUAUCAUUUUCCAAUGUCAUAAUGUUAAUAAGCAAUAAGAAAGUUAUGUGGCAAAAGAUUUUUAUUUUGUGAUUCUUGGUAAUAUACCAGAUAGCCACAUUUUGUAAAACACAAUUGAAACAAAAUAGUAAUAUAUUACAUAAAUUACAAUAAAAGUCUAUAAGAAACAUACUACAAAAUGUACCUAAACUUAAAAAGAAGAGUUACAUAAAAAAUACUUGAAAAAGCAAGAUUCAAACCUGAGUACACAGUUCGCAUGAAAUAUGAUUAAAGUAUAUUACUUUCAAAACAAAAAAUUAAAACGAAAAUACUAUGACUUUAUGUCAACUGAAACUUGAGACCGCCGAUUUUGAUUAAAAGGAUGAUUAAUAAAUAAAUGGGUUUUAUUCAGCUCAAGAAAAUGCAGACUCGGUAGAACUAUUCAAGAGAACUUCAAUUUUAUAGUCGAUGUGUUCAACAUGUGAUCUCAAACUUUCAUAUUUAAAAUUUAUAAUAAUAUUUAUCCAAUAAUUUACUAACUUAACUGCUAAGUUUAAUUUCGAUUUCUCGUGCUCUGUUUGUAUGUGUGCACUAUAUGUAUGCUUUGUGUUUUAAAAAAAAUUUAAUUUUACAUCUUAUGUCAAAAUGUUUACUUAAAAUUGAAAGUUGAGAACGUAGAGUGUGUGCGAGAACUAUGAGGACUCUUUUUCGCCCGAACUUUUUCGCAUUUAUUUUCGCUUAAUAUUUUACUACAUACCAACACAAACUAUUUGUAUUCUUUUGACAAAUAUUCUAGUUUAUUUAACUUUAGAAGGUUUUGCUUUUAAAUAAUUUAAAUAGUAUGAAAAUUUUAAUAUUCCACAUCAAAUUCUGAAAGUUCUAAAAAUUCUAAUACUUUAAUUCAACUUCGAAAGAUUUAAUUUUAAUAUAUUUUAUCGAGUCUCAACAUUUUAAUGCUUGAUAGAUAGAUUAAGUUGAAUUAAACCUUUAUGUCAAAAGUUUACCUACUGACAUAUAUAUUAUAUGUGUAUAUUUUAUUUCAUUUGACGGAAAAAUAAAUCUGUACGCACUUUAAAUACUCAAAGUUUUACCAACUGAGCCACAUAUUUUAUAAAGAAUUUUAGUAUUCAUUUAAAUUAAGAAAAGUUAAUAUAAUAUUUCGGUCCUAUUUUGCUAACUAUUUUUACUAUUUGGUAUAAAAACUAAAUACAACGUAUAACUCGAUUUAUACCUACCUACGUAGGACUGAAUAGAAAUUAACGAAUGCGAGAUACGACAUACUUAAAUACGAGCAAGACAUUAAAAACCAAAAAAAAAAAGUUCAAAAACUAUCAACUAAGCUUUGAA